CAGGUCGUAGGGCAGGGACUCUGCAGACGCCGCCAUGGCUGGCAGUGCUCUCCGGCCUGCGCGCUCCCUGCUCGUCGCCCUUCUGGCGCCAGCGCUGGUGGCAUUACUGGUGUCGCCCGCCCGGGGUCGCGGGGGCCUGGACCACGGGGACUGGGACAUGGGCUGGCGACUGCCUCCGCUGCCACCCCGCGAAGACGCGCCGCGCGUGGCCCGCUUCGUGACGCACGUCUCGGACUGGGGCGCGCUGGCCACUACCUCCACGCUGGAGGCGGUGCGCGGCAGGUCCUUCGCGGACGUCAUCUCCUUCAGUGACGGUCCCCCGGGCGCAGGCAGCGGCGUGCCCUACAUGUACCUGAGCCCAAUGCAGCAACUAGUGAGCGACUUGCAGGAACAUCCAGAGGCUACGCUGACACUGUCUUUGGCACAGACUGUCUUCUGUAGGAAACAUGGAUUUGAUCCCCAGAGUCCCUUGUGUGUUCAUAUAAUGUUGUCGGGAACUGUGACCAAGGUGAAUGAGAAGGAAGCAGACUACGCGAAGAAUUCGUUAUUCCUGCGACACCCUGAGAUGAAGACUUGGCCUUCCAGCCAUAAUUGGUUCUUUGCAAAGUUAAAUAUAACCAACAUCUGGGUCUUGGACUACUUUGGUGGACCGAAAGUCGUGACACCGGAAGAAUAUUUUAAUGUCACAUUGCAGUAAGUGAAGCAGAAUAUGGUGAACCGACCCACCCCAGCAAAGAGCCGGAGAUGGCUCUGCACACUUAAAGGGCUUGCUGUUGUCUGCAGCUUUCCUGGGCUGUCAGCGGACUCUGCCACCCGCUGGUUGAUCUUGUUUGCUUGCCUGUUUACAGAAUGCUGUUGGUCCUAGAGUAGGGUCUCUUGGAAGAUGUGGUUGCUGGAUUUAAAACUUGUGUUUCGAAGCCAUUUUCACAGAAAAAUGCAAUCCAUUCUAAUCAAGGAUUUUUUCUUUCAUCUA